AUGGUGGCUUAUGAAGAAGACCCAUUCAUGUUUUUGGACCAACAACUACCCCUACCAGAUUUCAGUGAAUACCAUACUCCACCUCCACUGAGUUGGCAGUGGGAAUUCCCUCUGAUGGAAGCCUUCCCUACCGACCCUGAUGGGUUUAUGGAGGAUCCCUACAUUGGAGUCUGUGAUGAAUCAAGAAUUAAAUCUGAAACCCAUGAAGAGAUUGUGUCCUACAAAAGCAAUAGUGAAGAACCUGGGGAGGAUCGAGUGAAAACGAAUUCGAAGAAGUUGAAGAGGUGCAGAGAAGAGAGGAGGAAGAUCAGUAGUAGUAGUAGUAGUAGUCCAAAUGAGUUGACUCGGAAUGCCAUAUCCCGUUACUUCUACUUGCCAAUCACCCAAGCUGCUAAGGAGCUUAACGUUGGCUUGACACUGUUGAAGAAGCGGUGUAGAGAGUUGGGCAUUGGUAGAUGGCCUCACAGGAAGUUAGUGAGCUUGCAAACCCUCAUCGAGAACGUUCAGAAGGAAUGGGGGCAGAAGAAAGGAGAAGAAAAUGAAGCAGAGCUGAGAAAUGCCAUAGAGCUGCUGGAGCAAGAGAAGAAGUUAAUGGAGGAGAUGCCGGAUAGUCAACUGGAGGAGAACACGAAGAAGCUUAGACAAGCCUGUUUUAAGGCUAACUAUAAGAAGAGAAAGCUUAUGGAGGUGGAAGUAGAGUCCUUGGAUUCUUCUGCUACAACAACCACUAAUGCAUGCAUGGAGACGUACUUACAAUUACGGGGUGGACAAAGAGAAAAAAGAAAAGAAAAAGUAAAGCAUGAUUUCUUCGCUUGA